UGUUUACAAUUAAUGUGUAAACAAAUGAACUCAAAAUGUUUAACAAAAAACCCAUUAAUUAAUGAUUUUUGUUAUGAAUUUGUUUAUCACAUAAUUUCAUUGAUUAAGUGAUUGACUAUUGAAUUGAUGAACAAAAUGAGUGAAAAUUCAAAUAUAACCGAUGAAUCAAAGACUGUCGACCAGUUGACCGGCAAUACGGAAGUGGUUUCCAAACCAGUCGUUCCUAUCAAUCACGAAGUUAUACGCGAAGAUAUGGUUGAAACAGCUGUCAAUUUUCUUAUGAAUCCACGAGUUAUUGACAGUCCAUUGACACAGAAGAGGACAUUCUUGUUGAAGAAAGGUUUGAGUUUAGAAGAGAUCGAUGCGGCCAUUGAUAGAUCCACUAGACUUAGACAAAGCCAAACAUUGCCGUCACUUCCAGUAAGAGCUAUAGGUCUGCAAACUGGAUCACCUGUGCAACCAAUGCCAUCAGUGAUGAUUCGCAGCACUCAAUUGAUAUCAAGUUUAGCCCUCUUCGGUGGUGUUAUUUACGGAGCGUAUGUUUUAUACAAACGUUUUGUUGAGCCAUUGCUUUUUGAUAGACCACAAAAACCACAUCCAUAUGUUUUUAUUCAGCAACAGUUGGAACAGUUAACCAACGCCAUGACUGUAAUGCAAACAAAUAUGUCUUUAAUUGAAACAAAUAUAAGAAAACAAAUUGAAGACGAAAUACGAAUAGUCAGAGCGCCUCAAGACGUCACUAUUCAUGAGCUUAAAUCAGAGUUGUCAUCAAUUAAAGCAUUGCUUGUAAAUAGGAGACAAUUUGCUGCCACACCAAUGGCCGGCAUUCCUCAGUGGCAACUCAGUGAUAAUAAGACGUGCAAUAAUAAUAUUAAUAAUAAAGUUGAUGACGAAUCUGAUCAACAUAUAAAUGGCAUGUCUAGUGAUGAUCACAACUCUGAUGAUAAUUGCAAUAAUGUAACAAAUUGUUUAACUAAUGGUUCAUCAAUGGAUCAUAUGGUUAAUGAAGUGCAUUCAAAUGAUAGUCUUCAUGAAUCAAAUGACUAAAUAAUUUGGUUGUUUGCUAUAAAUUAGUCGUUUUUAUAAUAAUAAUAAAUGAAUU